ACAGGGGAUGUGAUACAGUCACACACACAGACUGUUCUUUUAGGACAUCAUGGCCAGUUAUUGACAACCUGCCGACACAAAACUGUAGCAGUUAUUUAUUUUAUUUAUUUUUUUUGCGAUACGCGACAGAUGUGCACAGUGUACAGUCACCAGCCAUCGAGGUGGGUUUGAGUUUGAAGUGACACUUCGCAGACUGAAGCUGACUGGGCACCAGCGGAGCGCAGACGGAACGGUUUGCACAGAUCGCCGCCUCGACAGGAAUAUUGUGGAGAGCGGUUUCUGGACGUUCAAUUUACUGCCGGGCUGAUUUGCUUUAUUGAAAUAUCGUAAAAGACACAGAGAGGGAAGAGGCUGUUGACUUAUGGCGAGUUGCGUGUAAGAAGAUUGAACCUGAAGCAAGAUUUCAUUUCCACCAUGUCAGCCAAUGGGAGCUCAGAGACGGUUUGCAGGUCAGAGGUCAGACCGAGCAACAACUCCUGCAGCCAGAAGGAACUGUCUAUCACCGCCUCCGUCAUCUCUAUGACUGUGGGCAUAUUCUCCAAUGGGCUCGCGCUCUUUAUCCUCAUCAAGUCUUACAUCCGCAUCCGGAUCAAGUCCAAGGCGUCCUUCCUGCUGUUCGCCAGCAGCCUGGUGCUCACAGACCUGCUGGGUCACCUCAUCAACGGCUCCCUGGUGCUUUUGGUCUACAGCUUCCACAAGAAAUGGGAGACAUUUGACCCUUACCGCAUUGUGUGCAGCGUCUUUGGGGCGUGCAUGGUGUUCUUUGGCCUGACCCCCUUGUUCCUGGGGAGUGUCAUGGCGGUGGAGCGCUGCAUUGGAAUCAUCAGGCCUAUCUUCCACUCUACAGCAUUAGCUCCCCACCACAUGAAAAGGCUCCUCGGACUCAUGUGGCUGCUUGCUGCCCUGGUGGCUGUGCUGCCUGUGCUACUGUGGAGGCCCUACAAGGUUCAAAGCUCCAGGAGCUGGUGCUUCUUUCACAUGGAGGAACCCAGAGACUGGCUAGAUGUGCUCCUCCCUCUGAUUUUCUCUAUGCUGGGGCUGCUGGCCCUACUGCUCUCCAUUGUGUGCAAUGCACUGACAAGCUGCGCUCUGCUGCAGGACAGACUGCGCCGCAAGCAUCACUGUAGAAGCACUUCCUACCACUUAGAGAUGAUCUGCCAGCUGCUGGCUAUCAUGUUGGUGUCGUGCGUGUGCUGGGGCCCAUUGCUGAUUCACGUCAUCGUGGUGAGCACCAGAGCCCAGGACGAGCGUGCGUCUUCCAGUCUGCUGAUGGUGAUACGCAUGGCCACAUGGAACCAGAUCCUGGACCCCUGGGUCUACAUCCUCCUGAGGAAGGCUGUUCUGAGGAAAAUCUUCAUGUUGUUUCACAGCUGCUGGGGUCCAAAGUCUCAUAACUUAAACCGCUGGCAGCGUAGCAUGCUCCACAGCUCGAUGGAGACCAGCAACUCAGGCGCCGGGCCGACUGACUGCCGCUGCCCCGGUAGACUUCCUCUGUCAGACACUGCGAUCAAAUCCAUCACCUGAAACAUGGUCACGUUGUUUGGAUCUGAGAACACCUGUGAGGAAAAAACGGGAAGAAGCUGUGAAGAUGUGCAGAAUUUUGUUGGAAUACAGACACUCAAAGUAGUUGUACAUAACCACCAAUUUAAAGUUAUUUUUCAUGUUCUCUUUAGUAAUCAUGAACUGGCAGUAUUGUGACCUAUUGUAUAAUGUGGGAUUCAUUUUCUGUUCUCACCUUUGAGCUCUGCUUUUCGCAUCAGCGGCUGUGAACAAAAUAUGUCUAAAAACGUCUACAGUGCUCAGAAAAUAUUACAGUCACAGACAGGUUAGUUUAGUCAUUCCUUAAUUCAAUUUGUCUAUUGAAAAAGUGA